UCGAUAAUGUCUGGUUCCUUUCUGUAUAGACAUGAUCCUGCACUGCCCAUUUCCGAUUUUUCUGUCUUUUUUGGCUCCCUUGGUCACCAAAGUUUGAAACUUUGGCCCCAAUUGUUUUAGUUGGCGAAUUGGGUGCUUGUUGGAAUCUUAAUGCAUAUUCUCCUUGCUCUUUAUGAAUCAAUCAAUAAGCAAAUCAGAGUUUGUUGUGUCAAGUUUGCUCUUGUAACCUUACUUAAUGCUUUGUGUUCUUUUGUUGCUUCAGAAAUUCAUGCUUGGAAUUCUGUUAAUGCUAAAAGUUCUUCCUUUCAUGAUUAUGACCAAUGCAGGAGCUUUGUUAUUCCUUUAAUAUAUCAUAAAUGAAUCGCUGUGAUGAACCAAAGACUUUUAUUUACAGGUCGCUAGGUAGUGCCACUGGCAAUUGUUGCAAGUUUUUCUUCGCAAUUAUGAGUUUUGUUUUCAGAGGGAGUAGGGGAGAUAUUGAAAGUGGUUUUCCAGAUUAUGUUCCUGAAAGAUCCUUGAUGCGUAUUCAUCCGGCUCGACCAAUUAGUAGCAAUUCUCUGGCUUUUCUCACCACAGUUAUUGUGUUAUUCAUGCUGCUGAACUCUCCUCAGAUGGCACAUUAUUUUAUGCUAUGGCUUGUGCUUGCUGUUUUUGCGAUGGCUACAAGCUUGAGGAUGUACACAGCUUGUCAGCAUCUUCAAGCUCAGGCCAGGGCUCAUGCAGCAGCAGCAACUGGAUUGCUUAGCCAUACCGAAUUAUGGCUUAAUGUGCCACCAUCCAUAGCAAUUGCAACUAGAGGACAAUUGCAGGGGCUUAGGCUUCAGCUUGCACUACUUGAUCGUGAAUUCGAUGAACUAGGGGUAGAUUAUGAUGCUUUGAGAGCUCUUGACUCUGAUACUGCUUUGACUACUACUUCCAUGACUGAGGAAGAGAUAAAUGCCUUACCCGUUCACAACUAUAAAGUUGCAGUUCCAACAAAGGAUUGCUCAGCAGGGUUGGGAUCCUCUUCGAGUGCUGCUGAGAAUAAGCAAGCCUGCGAAGGAGCCGAGGGAAAUAACCAAGGCCCGGAAGAUGAGCUAACAUGUACGAUAUGCUUGGACCAAGUUAACCGUGGCGAACUAGUCCGUAGCCUGCCAUGCUUGCAUCAGUUUCAUGCCAACUGCAUUGAUCCAUGGCUCCGGCAGCGAGGAACAUGUCCGGUGUGCAAAUUUAAGAUGGGUUUGGAAUGGCGAGGAAACAGGGAGACCGAGACUGAUUCCGACGGUUCAGAUAUUGCUUAGUAUUCUUCCAAUCAACAUAUAGCUGUAAAAUGCAUGAUGUGUGUAUAUCAAGUUCAUCCGUUCAAGUAUAUAGCAAAAUAAAACAUAUGAUGUGAUGUCUUUACCUUGAACUUGUUCUUACUCCUUAGGAUAACAAUAUUAUGAAUCAAAUCCAUGUUCGGUCAUAAUCACAUUAGGGAAGCUGGUUUGUCUUGGACGCUACAUGCUCUCCAUCCUUUGCCAUAUGCAAAAAUACAAAAGUGAUUCAGCAAUUACAUUAUUAUUUUUAUUAUUAUGACACAACCCACAAAACUUUGAAUUGGGUCUCAAUCCUCAU